AUGACGCGUCGAAAGUAUCUUUCAGAUAUUACUAUUCCACCAGAGCUCCAAAACCUCGACAAAUUAGAAGACAUGCUUAGAACAAUAUCGGAAGAUACAUUUGAUGACACAAUUAGGUUUCUUAAAAAUUAUAUGACAGAAGGGCCUUAUAUUUAUGAUGUAUUUCUACAACUUUCAUUAUAUUUACGCAUUAGAAAGGAAAACAAGGAUUUUUACAUACGCCUUUAUGAAGAAUUAAAAGAUUACGCUUUUAAAUACCCACAUUUCAUUCCAUUAACAAAAACACCCCCUAUUGAAAGUAAUUUUAAAGAUGAGCGUCUAAAGAGACUGUUUUCAACUAAUGAAAUCAAUCAACAAUUUGCAUACACAGAUUAUCACGUGAAGCUGAAGAAUGCAAUUAAAGAAGACGAUUUUGAUAGCUUUAACGCAAUUAUGCUUAAUAUGUCAGAAGACGAAAAAGAAAAAUUACUGUUAAAAAUCGACGAAUACGAGUAUUUUAUUCCAAUGACAGCAACACUUCUAGAAUAUGUUGCAUUAAAUGGAUCGAUCAAUAUAUUCAAAUAUUUAUUCAUGAGUUAUGAAAAUAUUACACCAAGUGUUGGAUAUUUUGCUUCAUUUGGUGGAAACCUCGAAAUCAUCAGAUUAUUACAACAAGAAAAUCAGAACUUGUCAAUGGUCUUGCUUGGAGCUAUUCAUUCUCAAAGAGACGAUAUUUAUGAUUGGGCGAUUGAUAAUCUCGAAUUUGAUCCUUUUACAGUUAGAAAUGCUUACGAAUCUUACAACCUACAUGUAUUCAUAAGCUGUUUUGAGCUUAAUUUCCCUCCAAAACUAAUUUCUCUAAAAUAUUCUUACGAUUUAUUCAAAUACUUGAUCGAUACGAUCAAACUUCCUCUUGAGCGAAAUGACCUCUUGGAAUGCGCUUAUAUGGAAGAUUGUCCAAUAAUAAUGGAAAAAUCUUUUCGGAUCUCGGAAACACAACAUAUCCGAAAUAUCAAUUCAUUCAGAUACGUCAAGCCGUAUGAAUCAUGUUUAGAUGCUCUAACUGUUUAUUUAAAGAAUAUUAAUCCACAUAAAAUCGUAGAAAUGGCAGAGUUCUUCAAAGAAGCGGUAGAACACAAUUGUACAAAACUAGUUGAGGCUAUGCUUCAUUACGGGUUUGAUGUAAAUGCUAUUGCUGAUGAAGAUUUGUUCAAAAGAAUUAAAACGUCAGAAAUUGGAAACUUGAUGAUCGAGUAUGGUCUUAAAGUUGAUAUUUUGAUAGCGAUCAACUACUUUCCAGCUGAUUGUCUCAAAGUUUUGAUAUCAAAAGGAAUUAACCCAAAUAAACCAGGAAAGUACUACAUUCCGAAGCUGAAACCUUUACCAAUUAACGCAAAAAUCGGUGAGUUCUAUCCAUUCCAUGAUCCUUUCCCUGUUCAUUUAACAAAUCAAGAUCGGCCGGCAAUUUCUUACUUUUCUAUCAAAAAUUUCACCAAUAAGCAAGAACCUUUAUCAUAUUUUCCAUUACAUUAUGCAGUUCAAUGCGGAAGCAUAGCAAAAGUUCAAAUUUUAGUUGAGUCGGGAGCCGACGUCAACAAAUUGGACGAAAAUUACAGAUUACCUAUAUUUUAUAGUUGGAACAACUCGAUUUCGGAUUAUUUACUUGCGAAAUCAACGAAAAUAGAAUUGGAGAAAAGAAUUCAGCUGAAAAGCUUGAUUUUCGCAGAUCCAAAUUCAUGGAUGACCUCUGAUAAUAUCUAUAACAUGAAUUACAACAUCUCUGCUGAAGCUUUCAGAAUUUCCAAGAUAAUGGGUUCUGAAAAAAUCACAGUUGACCAUGUUUUGAAGGCUGUAAAGUCGAUUUCCCAUGAUUAUUUCAAGGAAAUUUCGCCUCUUCUUUAUCCUGAUCCGGAGACAUUUUUCAAAGGAGAUUUGAGUGGCGUAUGGAAGCCAAACAAAUUCGUGAAAGAUGAGAACGUCAUUAGAUUUAUCCUUAGAAUAACAAGUAUCAAAACGAAAAAUAAUUCAUUCAUGUUUGCUAUCAAUGAAUCCAUUCAUCGCACUAGAAAUACUAUUUACUAG